UCGGAGGCGGGGCUUGGCGGGCGGGGCCGGGGGCGCCGGAAAAGCUGGCGCUGGAAUUAGAACUGGAGUGGCUGCCCCAGCGUCAGUUCCCAGGCUGUGGGUGUCUGACCCCAAACACAGGCGGCCCCGGCGGCGGGCCAGCCGCUGUGAGGUACCUUGUUUUUCUGAAAAGAAUUGACUGUGUCAGGAUGAGAGGAAGCUCUCUGUGCACACUGUCAUCUGUGGGAGCUUUGAAGACCAUAAAGUAGUCCUUCUACCGGGAGCUCCCUUGGAUCACGCUAUGGUGAAAAAUGUUCCGGAAAGGCAAAAAGCGACACAGUAGUAGCAGUUCCCAAAGUAGCGAGAUCAGUACGAAGAGCAAGUCUGUAGAUUCUAGUCUUGGGGGGCUUUCACGAUCCAGCACUGUGGCCAGUCUCGAUACGGAUUCGACCAAAAGCUCAGGACAAAGCAACAACAAUUCAGAUACCUGUGCAGAAUUUCGAAUAAAAUAUGUUGGUGCCAUUGAGAAACUGAAAUUCUCUGAAGGAAAAAGUCUUGAAGGACCAUUAGACCUCAUAAAUUAUAUAGACGUUGCCCAGCAAGAUGGAAAGUUGCCUUUCGUUCCUCUGGAGGAAGAAUUUAUUAUGGGAGUUUCCAAGUAUGGUAUAAAAGUAUCAACAUCAGAUCAGUAUGAUGUCUUACACCGGCACGCUCUGUAUUUAAUCAUCCGGAUGGUGUGUUACGAUGACGGUCUGGGGGCAGGAAAAAGCUUACUGGCCCUGAAGACCACCGACGCAAGCAACGAGGAGUACAGUCUCUGGGUCUAUCAGUGCAGCAGCCUGGAACAGGCACAAGCCAUCUGCAAAGUUUUAUCCACCGCCUUUGACUCUGUGCUAACAUCUGAGAAAGCUUGAAUUCCGCGGUCAGGGGGAAGCCGACUUCAUGUGGAAGGGCAGCGGUCUUCAGCCUGCACUGUUGAACUACUAUGAUCCUUGGCUUGAGAUUUGCUGAAGAAAGGCAGUGUAUAAAAUAGUGAUCAUUUGCUUUCCUAUUAAAAUGUGUCUUAUUACAGUACGUUAA